CUCUCUUACACACCCAUACAACCCAAUCCGAAUCCACUUCCACCCGACUUUCAUACAUACAUACAUGCGUCCUUCCUUAGACUCAGACUCCUUCCAAACCUUUACUCCCACCUAGCAACCCUCCCCCCCCAUCAUCGAAAAGAAGAUAUAUGAAAAAGGAGGAAAACAAUACAUGAUACAUGGUACCUGCCUGAUACAUGAUUCACGAACCCACGACUCACGAUAACACCAUUCACAAUUUCACAUACACAAAUCAAGCAGGACCUGGUGGACGGUACAAAUCAGUUACUAAGCACUCUUGUACACAGUGUUGACAUUGACCCGCAAUCAAAUGUAUUCAAAUCAACAAACUUGAAAUCCAUCAAUCCAUCCAUCCAUCCACAAUCCCAAAUUUAUCCACUUCCCCACCGAAACAACCCUCCAACGAAAACGUAUUGCGAAAGAAGACCUCCAGGACCACACACCGUAGCACUCGACUCGAGCAGACCACACCUCCCCCCAUCCACCUGCCACCUGCAGUUCAACCCCGUUACAAUCUACAUUGUCCAAUAUACAUUUUAUUCUUCCCCUUAAAGCGGAAAAGCGGGAUACUUCUAAAACAACUUAUCACAAUUUAAUUCUUCGUCAAUCAUUUGAAUCAUUCAACUUUCAUGUCAUCUGGCGGUGUUGCCAUUCGUGUGGCUCAGUCUCAAUCUCAUGGACCUCUUUUGAGAACGAAUACAGCGCCUGUAUUCAACAAUAGAAGCGCCGAGGGCAACGGAAUCAGUUUGAGUCAAACAAUGAGCCAUAAUUCACGAUCGUCGCAGCUCACGGGCUCGACUGCCUUCACGACUUCCUCUACGACUUCAUUAAAUUCUUUAUCUACUUCUGCGACACUCGUUCCAGCCCCGCUGGUGAUGCCAGUGCAAGGCGGAAAUGUAAUCGCGACAAACAAUAUCAUCAACCAAAGAGCCGACGCCUCGAGAUCAUUAUAUCAAAUAUGCGUCAAUUUACGACAGCGACUAGCACAAGUUCCUGGAUUCAACGGUCAUUUCGUUGAUUCAGACGAUGAAGAUGAAGCCGAGGAGGACAUGGACCCUGUGUCCUCACUUUGGCGAUGUCUGCGAAAGGGAACUCCAUUGGUAACGCUCUACAAUACCCUACAACCAGCAGAGCCUCUGCCAUUACCUGACAACAAGAUGGCCGAACCAAAGAAGUCUAAGAUGGCAGCAUUCAAGUUUGUUGAGGCAUGUAUGAAGGAUUUGCAAAUACCCCCGGGUGAUGUUUUUGCUCUCUCAGAUCUUUUUGGUGAUGACACGACUGGUUUCGUGAAGGUCACCCAAGUUAUCAAUAUCGUUCUUGAUGUGGCGGGACAGCGUGGCCUGCUUCUCACAUCUCAAGCCGAGGAUACUAACGAGUCUGCCACUGCCCCUGGCUCUAAGAUGAGCUAUAGGCAGCAUGUAGUCCGGGAAUUAGUCGACACGGAACGCAAAUACGUCCAAGAUUUAGAAAACCUGCACGAACUAAAGAAGACAAUUGAACAAAAGGGCGUUAUUGCAGGCGAUGUCGUACACGAUAUAUUUCUUAACAUCAAUGCGAUUCUCGACUUUCAACGCCGAUUCCUUAUCAAAAUUGAGACUACAAAUUCUCAACCAGUAGACAAACAAGAAUGGGGACUACCCUUCAGAAAUUAUGAGGAAGCAUUUGGCAUAUACCAACCAUUUAUUGCAAAUCAGCGAAAAGCUGCAACAAUAGCGAAGGAUAACUUUGACAAAAUUACCAUGGCAGACCAUCCUGUCGUCGUGGAUUUCAAUACUUUGGAUGGAUUCCUCCUGAAACCCAUGCAACGUUUAGUGAAAUAUCCUCUUUUAUUAAAGGACCUCCGGGAUAAAACAAAUGCUAGCGAUGAGGCGAAAGAAGAUCUUACUCUUGGUAUUGAAGCCUCUAAUCGUGUGCUUCACCAAGCAAAUGCGGCAGUUGACAGGGAACUCAGAGGUGAAGCUCUAUUGGAUCUCUGUGGCCGUGUCGACGACUGGAAGAAUCAUAGAGUCGAUCAUUUUGGUGACCUGAUUUUGCAUGGCCAUUUCCCUGUAGUUACUGGCAAGAGUGAGGUCCAGAAAGAGUAUACUAUAUAUCUAUUUGAACGUAUUCUUCUAUGUUGCAAGGAAGUCAAUCCAAACAAGUCUAAAGACAAACUCAUGGGAAAUCAAAAAGAUAAGAAGGAUCGAAAGGACAAGAACAAGAUUAAAGAAAAGGAUAAGAACGCUAAAUUGCAGCUAAAGGGUCGAAUUUUCAUGACUAACGUGACAGAUGUAGUAUCAUCUGCUAAGCCAGGUUCUUACACAGUCCAGAUAUACUGGAAGGGAGAUCCAGGAGUUGAGAAUUUCAUCAUUAGAUUUUCCAACGAAGAGACCAUGAAAAAGUGGUAUGAAGGUGUCGAUAAACAAAAGAAAGAGCAUGCCAACAUUGGAGCGCAGACAAGCACUAGUCCCGAUACAGCACUAAGGAAUUUUGAAUGGGCGCGUGAUCAAAUUGCAUCAAUGCCUAAUCCUUACGCUCAACAAGAGGAUGAGGAUGAAGAGGAAGACUACAGUGGUACCACUGCAUAUGGAUCCCCACCAAACUCUGGAAUGCCCCCUAAUUUUGGAAUGCCUCCAAACGCUAGCAUGGCUCGAAAUUCGUCUAGUACUAGCCUGCGCUCAAGAUCUGCAACCGGAGAUAGUAACCCAUCUCUAGCUGGUAUUGCGCGAGCACUACCGCCACGAUUCCCAGUUGGCAUGAAUAUAGCUCCACCUCUCAGUUUACAGACACAAAUGUCUGGCUCACUCCCAUCCCCGGGUCAAAGAUUGGGAGACUCGUACUUCUCGCCUAUUGGAGAGUCACCUGCACCCUCUGCACGAACUAGUACAUCUUCGACGAUGUUUCAAUUUCCUCAGACUUCUCAAUUUCCCCGCCAGCCAACACCCCAGGGUCAGGGCCCUUGGGAGGAUAGCAAUCGUUACACCGCACCUGCAAUUGUUCGCGUACCAUCAAGAGAAAACCAUGGUUCAGUGAGCGGUCCCUCUUAUCAGAUGAAUGGCCGAACGCCACAGAGACCAUCACUUCCUGCCAUGGCUACAUCAUCACAGGCUGCGGCUGCCGCUGCACAGCAGCGAAGUCGCUCAUAUAGCACUCCUGACAUUAAUGCUCAGCAAGGUGUUCGCCGUCUACCGAAUGGAGCUCUGAGCACCCCGCAAGGACAAGUUCCAGCCGUUCCUGGCAUCCCUGCACAUCUACAUCCAGCUUAUGAUGCUGGUGUUCCCAGAUCCCAUAACAACUCACCAAAUGGAUUGCCAGUAAGGACCAACACCCAAUCGCCUGGUGUUCAGAGAGAACGUCAACUGCACCAGCAGCACCCGUCGCAGUACGCUAAUGGAUUACAGUAUUCCAAUGGUUCACAAAGCCUGGGCGUGUCACAGCCUAAUUACACUCGCAGCAACACUACUCAAAUACCAACAACUGCGCUCGAUAGUCGGCUGCCUCCAUCAUUGAUGAGUGGCAAUAGUGGAAUGUCACUCUCGCCAGAAGGUGACAUGCUGUUACCUACACAGCUCAAAGUCAAGGUCAAUUGUGACGGUAACUAUGUUACAUUAGUAGUGGCUUUCAACAUCACAUAUCAAUCUCUUACUGAUCGCAUUGAUGCUAAGGUUGGAAGAUUCUCAACCAACGCAAUUGCUCGAGGAACAAUGAGAUUACGAUAUCGUGAUGAAGAUGGUGACUUUGUUACUAUCGAAUCUGAUGAUGAUAUUCAAAUUGCAUUUCAGGAAUGGAGCGAGGCUCAAAAGUCACAAUACCAUAACACAGGGCAACUUGGAGAAAUUGAGUUAUUUUGUUUAAGCAUUGACGGCGAGCGUUAAGAAGGGUUUUGAUAGUGGUAUGAUGACUCUCGCGGGAUGGUAGCACUGAUGGAUAUGAAUUUUCAUGGUUUAUCUUGAUAUAUCAACAUUAACAUUCAUGGAUGGGAGGGUUAUGAUUACAACGUUGCGAUGAUGAUAAAGGAAGGUUCGGCGCGGGUAUAUGAAGUCGGUUUAUUACUUCUUGCACAAAGGUGUUAUUUGGCGCUGGCGUACUUUGUGAAUGGCGCCUAUGCAUUAGUGGAGGACGAUGGGAGAGGGCGCAUUUAUUGCCUUUACAGAGCAUAUAGCGAAAGAUUAGUUUAUGAAACAAGAGCCUCACAGCUAAGGGGGGAGAUAUACCAUGGUGCGGUGGGAAUGAAUUAGUAGGAUGACAUAGAAAUACCACAUCUUUGAUACCAUCUUAC